CACAUUUACUCUCAUCGCUGCUCUCUCUCUGUCUCGACUCUCUACAAAACACAUUUCCCUCUUGAGAAAUUAAUUAGUAUAUCGAAAUUCACACUCUUUUGUUCUGUACUUUCCGUGGUUGAUUCUCACUGCAAGCGUCACUUUCUUCUGGGUUUUCGAUUCUUGUUCUUACAAAGAAGAUGAGCGCUUCCAAGUUCAUCAAAUGUGUUACUGUCGGAGACGGAGCUGUCGGAAAGACAUGUAUGCUUAUCUCCUACACUAGCAACAAGUUUCCCACUGAUUAUAUACCGACUGUGUUCGAUAAUUUCAGUGCCAAUGUCGCUGUGGAUGGACAAAUCGUGAAUCUAGGGCUAUGGGACACUGCAGGUCAAGAAGAUUACAGUAGGCUGAGGCCAUUGAGUUACAGAGGAGCUGAUAUUUUUGUAUUAGCCUUUUCGCUUAUCAGCAAGGCGAGUUACGAGAAUGUACUAAAGAAGUGGAUGCCUGAACUUCGUCGGUUUGCACCAAAUGUUCCCAUAGUCCUUGUUGGUACAAAGCUAGAUCUCCGGGAUGAUAAGGGAUACCUCGCGGAUCACACAAAUGUCAUUACCUCUGCUCAGGGAGAGGAAUUGAGGAAGCAAAUCGGUGCAGCCGCUUAUAUCGAGUGCAGUUCCAAGACUCAACAGAAUGUGAAAGCAGUGUUUGACACAGCGAUCAAAGUGGUUCUUCAGCCUCCAAGGAGGAAGGAGGUAACGAGGAGUAAGAAGAAACACAGAAGAUCCGGUUGCUCUAUUGCGAGUAUUGUCUGUGGAGGCUGCAACGCGGCUUAGGACACAGCAUACAAAUCUCGACAACUACAUUGUGACUCUCUUUCUUCUCUGGUCGUUUUUUGUGGUUUCCUAGUUUGAAAUUGGAAUUGUGAAAGAUAAGGGAACUGUUGGUUCUCUUAUUUGUAUGUGAAACUCCUUGUCUGUUUCAGCUUGUGUAGAUUUGCAGACUCUGUCUUUUUGUCUUGUUAACAAGUUAGUG